AUGGCGUUCGGCCAUGACGAAGCGUUCGACGCACUUCGAGAUUAUCUGCAGGAGGAGUUUCAUGGGCUGCGAAAGGAGGUCGCCGCGGUGUUAGACCAACUGCAAAAGGCGGAGGCCCAUCCGCAGAGCGAGCUGUUCGGCACGCACAGCUUGACUGGGACUCCGAUGAGCAAGAACAUGUUCAAAGCUGCUGUCAGUGAUAGAGUCAGAAAGCUUUCAGCCAUGGCCUCCGAGGUUACUCCAAUUGUCAGGCGCAGACGGCUCUCCCUUCCAACCUCGUGGAGUGGCACAAGCUCUCAAGAGGUUCAUGAGCUUCCGCUCGCUCAGCUCAAGCCUCCGCAGCGGGAGACAUCCAUCGACGGUGUAGAAACUGCCUCCGAAGGCGUCGAGGAGUUCAUCCUCCCGGCCGACGUGCCCGGCACGGUGCCAGAAAUCCCUGCACCACCAAAGAAGAUCGUUCUCGUCGAUGCAGAGCCAGAGACAGACCAGAUCCACGAAGCCAAUGCCACGAGCGGACCGACCUUUGACAGUGAAGGGAUUCCAAGAACACUGUCGAAAAAGGACUUGAAGUGGGCACAGGGCCUCGAGCGCGAAGAUGCAAAGCUGAACCUUUUUGAAAGGAAGACCGAGACAGUGGACGUGGUGGGGCGUGGGAUGGGCCUCGUCGCUGGAGCAGAGGACUUCCAAGCCAAAGUCUUUCGAUCCGAGUUUCAUCGCCGUUGCUAUGCCAUAGCUACGAGCAGUUCAUUUGAGAUCCUGACGAUACUGCUGAUUUGCUCUAGCGCUUUGCAAAUCGGUUUCUCUACCAAUGACAUGGCUGACCGGCUUGCGACAGAGACCACCUUUGUCCAUCGAGUGCUGGAGGUGACGUACUGCAUCGUGUUCACCCUGGAGCUGUGUGUUCGGCUGGUGGCCCACCGGCUGGAGUUUUUUACCCAGGUCGGCUGGGCAUGGAAUGUCUUUGACCUGUUGCUUGUUGGCUUCCAACUCAUGGAGGAGCUCUUGUUGGCAAUAUCGGGUAACGAUCCUUCAGCUCCAGUUCUUCAACAGGUCUCCCCCACCACCCUGCUGAGAAUUGCACGCAUCCUUCGGGCUGUCAGAGUGCUGCGGAUUCUGCGCAUCGCCUUGAUGGCGGAAGACUUGAGGCUGCUUGUCAGCUGCCUUCUCUAUUGCUCCCGUCCCUUCUUUUGGACCUUUGUUCUGUUGGGCUUGAUGCUCUACAUAGCAGGCAUCUACAUAACGCAGUUGGUCCUAUUCUAUCGCGUCGAGAGCGAACAGGGCCAUGGUCUUGAAAACUUUUUUGGUUCGGUGCCGCGGUCGAUGCUGUCCCUCUUCGAGGCCAUGACAGGUGGGGUGGACUGGGAUGCCCUGGUCUCGCCACUAUUCGAGCUCAGUACAUUUGUGGGCAUUGGAAUUGUGACAUACAUUGCUUUCUGCAUUGUGGGAGUCCUCAACGUUGUCACUGGAACGUUUGUACAGAGUGCCAUCACUCGGUCCGAGGAGGUGAAAGAUGUUCAGCGUGCCAUGAAGGCCAGGAAGCUGUUUAAGUCCCUGGACGACAACCAAAGUGGGCAGAUCUCUUACAAUGAGAUCUUGAAUCACACCAAGGAUCAUGCUGUGCAAGACUUCUUUAAAGACCUUGACAUCGAACCCUCCGAAGCCAAAUUUCUCUUCGACAUGCUGGAUAUCAAUAAUAGUGGAUCCAUUGAUUUUGAGGAGUUUCUCAACGGAUGCAUAAGGCUCCAGGGGCCUGCGAAGGCCAUCGACAUGCUUGUGGUAACACGAGAAACACGUAUGGUUUAUGACCACUUGACCCAAAACUUGCAGCGGCUUCGUGCUGAGCUGGCAGUGCUGAGUGAGCGUCUCCUCGGCAUUACUCUCGAGUCAAAGGAGCCACCGGUAGCGGAGUCAUAG